AUGCUCUGUCCAUUCGCUAAAUCGCCCAUACUUCUGUUUGUUUUUGCAACGUUUUUCCAAAUCGGUCAAUCCAGCACUAUUAAUUCGUCCUCAUGCAGUGAAUGCGAGGUUAUUCGCCGAGACGUUUGUAUUAUCGGUGGUGGCGCUGCGGGCACUUAUGCUGCGAUAAAUCUACUUCAAGAAGGUUAUUCAGUCGUUGUGGUUGAGAAGACUGGUCGUUUGGGUGGCCAUACUAUCACGUACAUCGAGCCGAGCACGGACACGCCGCUUGACUUCGGAGUGACCCUAUUUGAAGAUUCGCCGGAGACCAUAGAUUUCUUCUCUCAUCUUGAAGUGCCUUUUGCAAAAGCGUCAAAUGGUGGCGGAUACAUGGAACGCAUUGACUUUGAGACCGGUGAAGUGGUGGAGCCCUAUCCUGGUAAUGUCAGCGAGGCUUUGGAACGCUACGGAGACAUUCUCCGUCAAUAUCCCUAUCUUUUGGAGGGAUGGGACCUCCCAGAGGACAUACCCGAGGAUCUCCUGAUGCCUUUCGGAGAAUUCGUGGAACAAUACGACCUGGGGGCUGCCGUCGAGCUGAUCAGUAUCUACAGCCAGGGGGUGCGCAACUGGCUUAACUACCCAACCGUUUAUCUGAUGAAGUUCGUGUCGUUGGAUAUGUUAAGAGCGCUGCAGACGGGAUUUCUAUCCACUGCUCGGCACCAUAACUCGGAACUAUACGAGGCUGCUCUGGAGGAACUGGGAGACGAUGCUCUGCUUCAUAGCGUGGUAAUGAACGCGUGUCGGGAAGAUGACGAACUGCAUCGACUGACGGUGGAAUCGACGGAUGGCACACAUUGGAUGAUCGAGGCCAACACGACUAUCUUGGCUGCGCCCCCGACUGGGCAUGUGCUGGAUGGCCUAGAUCUGGAUGAAUUUGAGUCUUCUCUGUUCAGUCAAUUCAUCUACGGACACUACUAUGCUGGCCUGGUGCGGAUAGACGGAUGCCCCGAGGGAGUCCAGAUUGUGAAUCGUGGGUCCAACAGACCUUACUCGCUUCCCCUUCUUCCGUGUAUCUUGAUGAUGUAUCCGACCGCAGUACCAGGUGUGAUGGCCGUUGGAUACGGUAGCGAGGAGCCAAUGACGGAGGAACAAGUCAAGGGGGCGAUUGUGGAGGAUAUUCUGGGACUGCGCCGAGCUGGAUACGAUGUCGGCGACCCGGAAUUCCUGGCGUUUGCCGACCAUUCCCCCUUCGAAAUGUCAGUUGGCCGGAAGGCCAUCGAAGACGGAUUCUACCACGACUUGAAGAAGCUGCAGGGACACCGCAAUACGUACUAUGUGGGGGCGACUUUUGAAUAUCCAGGGUCCUCGGCCAUCUGGCGAGCGGUGGAUCGACUGCUUCCAUCGGUUGUUGAGAGCAUUGAGAGGUCACAGAAUUCACAGGUGUAG